GACAGGCAGUUGUUCUUCAGCUUUCGUUCGGUCGAGACGUUUUCACGGGGUUUUUGCGUGUGCUUUUCUGUUCCAAUCUACUCUGUAUAUGGGAACAUUAGAGGUUCUUCUUGUUUUUUUCCCAGUGGUGGUUGAGUACAGCAAAAGAAGAAAAAAUAGGUGGAAGAGAACCAUUCAUCAGUUCGUGCUUUUGUAAGCGAACGAGAAAUCGAGGGAAACAGGACCAACUCCGGGGAGGAAAGUGAUGUUUUGUGCAAUCUUCCCUCCGGUGCCGUUUUUCUGCUGUAACAAAAGGAUUAAUGAAUUUCGCUCCGAGAACAGAGUCGUGAAUUCCGAUAAUCAUUAAUCUCGGACGAACCUACACGGAGUGAACUCUGUGAGGUGUGCAGUGGCAAGCCGGACGCAUUCAACGGAUUACUGUGUGAAAGUGGUUGGAUUUUUUUUUUUGUUUCUUCGGUUUGUAGUUGUUGCUCAACAAAACUGUGCUACGAAAGUGCAGUUGAUUCGUUGAGAAGUGUUUUGCAAAAAGCGCCAAAAUAAAGCUGCAGCUGGCUGACAACAGGCGGAACUUUUCGUCAGCAGUUUCUGGAAUUCUCGGUCGAAAACGGAAAACUAAUCGACCCGGAUUGGCUACAGGAUACGACGAGGAGCGAUGAAAGGCUGGGGCCUAACGAAGCAACCGACACCGAACGAGCAGUACCGUGCAUACCAACAAGGUGGGAGUGUGCCAUCGUCGUGGAAAUAAAACCCCCCGUUCGAACCUAGAACAUAAAACAAAACAAAAACUGGUAGCAGGUCCCCCCUCAGUACCGGGCAGGACUUGGCCUUAGUUUUAGGUCUACGGCACAAUACGUGGCAUAAAGCACCGACAAUGAUUGAUAUCUGAUGCACGAAUUCAAAUACUGAGCGUUCUGGAAAAUCAACCAACCACGGUACAGGCAACGGCGCGUUGGUGUACCCCCCGGGCGCGACAACAAUACGGCGAGGCGAAAAACAGUCCAGCGAACGGAGCCAAGAAAUCCUAAAUUAGCGCGCACGAAGAAGAAACACAGGGGACAGGGCAGACGAAAACAGCAUAAUGAGGGAGUGAGACCUUGCAGGGAGUAAUCAGUGAAUUUUGAGUGCGCUGAAAGUAUAGUUUGCCAACUAGUUGUUAAAGUUGAUAUUGGAAGAAAAGAAUCUGUUCCCGGUUGUGGUGGUAGUGCGAUGAGCGAAUACUACCGUGCAUGAGUGUGUGCGUAUGUGAUUGGUUUCUGCUUUUUGUUUUUUUUUUCUGUUGGUUUCGAUAGUUGGUCCAUCCAGCGUGAGAAGGGAGAAAGCGAUUGUCCUGGAACCAUCCGCGAGUAGAAACAGAAGAUAGGUGUUCCGCGCUGAGAUUCGAACCGUAGGGUAAUAAAAAUUGCAUAAAUCCAAGCGCGUCCGAAAGUGGUGAUAUAAAUCAAAUCGGUUCGUCCCAGGAAAGAGAUAGGAAUAAAAAGGAUAACAAGCAAAACGAAGAAGUAAGUGGUUGCGGUAGUGCCGAGAGAGUGAAAGAAGUAAAAGCAACAAAAAAAAAAAAGAAUCGUAAAAACGAGGAUAUAUAAAAUUGAUAUUUAUUGUCACUGUCCAUCGCUGUUGAACGGCAGGAAUACCGAGAAACCGGGGAAGAUAUCUGCUCUGGAGAGCACUUGAGAAGAGAGGGAUAUAAAGUACACUCACAUAUAUAUAUACACAUACAAACAAAUACACAGCUUGACCAACAACUUCUGCCAGAGUGGGUAGUUAAUCUGGCCGGUGUUUAGUGAAGUGACGAAGUGUUUGAAUAAAAUAUAUUUUUCUUACCGGCGAGUUUGAGUUGCUGAGUUGUGGGCGCUUUAGGGGAAAGAACCUCCCAUAGUGGUGCGGGAACCAGAGCAAGUAUUAGCAGCCGAACUGUCUCCCAGUAUGAUCGGAUAUAUUAGCACUGCUGACAUCGAUAGCAAUCUACAACCCAAUAAAGACGUGUGCCGUGCCAAGGCAUGUUGGGGCCCACCGCCAAUGGUCGUUUAAUGGGACCUGCUGGCAUCGGUUCGUCCGCAUCGACAUCAGUGUCACAUCAUCGGAAUCUAUGGCCACCGGCAGCGAGUCGUUCGUUCGAGUUCCAGCCCAAUGGCGAAGUGACAGAAUCGUUGUUCGCAGCAGGCGGGUAUAAUACUCCACCGGCUAGUUCACCUUUCCUGCCCUGUUCACCGCUGGAACUGGUCGCGAAAAACUACCACAGUACCGGCGCUGCUGUCACAUUCAGCCAAGCCAAUAGCAGCAUAUUUGUACAAUCACAGACCGAUUUCAUCAAUGGAACCACGUCGGUUGCCAAAAAGACGGAGACCUGCAUCGGCAGGUGGGAGCACGGCACUCUAGAGCCGCUUCAGAUACAAGUACCUCCAGUACCAUCCGUAACUAACUUAACCAUAAAGACGGAAAAUAUUAGUUCCGGCAGUCAGAUAACUUACCAUAGCAAUAAUCUUACUAAUCAUAACAGUAGUAGCAAUAAAUCAGACGGAUUAGAUCAGCGCCACCAUUAUCAACAUCACACCGUUCCGAACCACCCAAGACCACCCCAAACUCAUAUAACUGGUACUUCUGCUCGCACCACGUUCCUGCGGCUGUCGGAACACCAUCGCCAUCGCCGUCCGGUAGACAACGACGCAGCAGCAACGACGCUCGAUCUGGUGCUAACGCCAGCGACGACAACGACGAACACGGUCACAACCGCAACAGUAGCACCGUCCUGUCUGUCAUCGCCGUCCUUUGCACUGAGCACCAUCAAUCAGACCCUCGUCGGUCGAACCGAUCAUCAACGCGCUAACCAGCGCCCAUCUGACUGCAGUGUUAUCGUAACGCCGCGCAGUAAUCGCCAAUACCAACAACAACAACAACAACAUUCUCUGUCCACCGGUCGCUGGGGAUCCCAACCCAACUCUACGGCAAGCGAACCAUCGACGCAGUCGCGCAGCUUCGGUUUAACUCAUCCGCGGAACACCCCCGACUCGGCAUGUCCGGCCAUUCACAUUAAACGUGAACCGUGCCAAGUGUCCGAAGUAACCACAUCGAACAAUUUCGAAACCAGCACAACGGCACUGACGGCCGUUGUGAAGAUCGAAGCUCAAUCACCGAAGGCAUUGGCCUGCCCGUCCAGUUGCGGCAUCGGUGGGAACACGAUGGACCAUAUCGGAAUCACCAGCACGCAGAACAAUGCGGCCGCCGCCACGAUCCCGGUCGGCAUCGCCGUCGCCCGCCAGCGGUUACAAGAUUCGACCGCUGCCCAAGCUUCGCAGCUUCACCAAACCAAAGAACUGAACCGGUUCGGAAUCGGAAUCGCUGCCACCGCACCAGCAGCAGCUACCGGAUCCACCGCUGAUUUAGGCUGCACCACACCGAGUCUGAGCCAGAACAUGUUUUUCACAGGAACCAACUCCACCAUGAUACCCCUCUCGUCGGAGGCGGUGACGAUGGGCGUGACUAACGCCGCUGCAGCCGCCGUCCAGAAUGCCGUUAGAACACCACCCGCCCUGUGGCAAUAUCCCGCCGGCUGCCAUCAGCAGCAACAACAGCAGCAGCAUCAGCAACAGCUCCAGCAGCACCAGCUUCAUCAGCUCCAGCAACCACCGCUACCACAUUUGGCUCUGAUGGAUCCGACAGGUUCGGAGAAAAAACUACUCGGUUAUCUGGUGCUCGAUCAGCUCGUUUCCUCCUCCUCCUCCGCCGCCGCCACCGCCGCAUCCGAGCAGGACCAUUGCACACCGAAGAAAGCUCCGCUCCCCAUGGAAUCGAUGCUCCCGAUGCCGCCGAUUCCUCCGGUAGGAUUUCAACUGGUGCGGGAUCCUGGCACCGGGCAAAUUCUGUUCCUACCGACAACGACAGCGAUCGCCAAUCCAUCCAACUUUCUAGAUAAAAUCUAUAUUUCUUGUGUAGAACCAUUCCAACAGACGGUGGUGUGGCCAUCGUAUCCGCAGACAACGGCCGCAAUACAGCCGCCGCAUCUGUUGCUGCCGCAGAUAACGCAGCAGCAGCUGCAGCCACCACCGCUGGCACCACUGCAGAUGCUGAGCUCCGACUAUCUGGCAACUGCCAGCAGUACCACACUGCACCAGGUUAGUGACGACUGCACCACCGACAAAGGUCCGACGUCCAAACUGAACGUUCUAUUUCCGAUUCAGCAACAGCACACCCAAACACACCACAGUACCAGAUAUGUGGCACUGACCUCCGAUAGUGGCAAACGGUCCACCGGAACGAACAACAAGCAAUCGAUUGGUAGCCUGCAGGCAUCGUGCAAUCCACCGAUCCCGAUGCCAAUCCCGUCACAUACCUUCAUCAAAAUAGAGGACUGCGGUGCCGGUGCUACGGCGGCCAGCGUCAACCACAACAACAACACUCACAUUUUCCACGAACCGGAGAAAACCAUCCAGACGGCAACGAUCGCCACUUCACCGGACAUUGCCCCACAACUGCUGUUCCAGCAGGGCAACCUCAUCCAGAUAGCGCCAUCUACCAAGACCGGCACAACGAUGAUUGAACACCCGGCGUUACUGCCGGCCAUGACUACGGCAAGUCCAAUCACUCCUCCACCCUCGACGGUAUCGGCAGCCAUAGCACCAAGUCCCCACCAGCCGGAGCUUCCGAUGACCACUUGUCUGACACCUCCCCCGGAUCAGUCCAUUUCCCAGGCAGAUGAAGCGGAAACUUCGUCCUGCUGUGCCGCUCCGGAGGUGCAGGAUGCCAACAUUCAAACCGACACUCCUGUGAUGAGCGAAGAUGACAACACCGUUGGAGAGGACGAUGUACCGCACCAGCAAGAUGCGUCGACACUAACCGUGUCGGUUAACAACACGGAAGAAUCGUCGAACUUCCAGGAGCUGUUCGUAUCACCAACAACAGCUCCGGCCGUGGCAAGCACAACGCUGUCAACAUCCACUGCGGAAUUGCUGUGUCACAGCAUUAUCAACAGUAGUGGUGAUUCCGCUAUCGAACCGGACAUGUCAUCGGUCACCAGUCUAAACUUCAGCUCUACUAGCAGUACGCAUUGCGAUCAAGUCGAAACCGAACCUGAAAGUAGUGCAGCCCACACUACGGUGGCCAUUCCGGCACCAGUAGAAGCUCAUCCACAGAGCCUAACCGUGAAUGCGACAUUGAGUGGUCUACGAAUACCGAAGCAAGAAGUGCUAUCACCUGUGGAAACUCCGGCAGUUUCUCAAGACGAACAAGAAACACCCUUUCCGGAGCAUGGCUCUAUCCAGCAGCAGCAGCAACAGGAACAUCCGGUUGAUCUGAGUGGACUUGAACUGCUGUCCCGCAGUAUAGAAGUGUUCCAGAAAAAAGCUUCCAUGAUUAAAAAAGAGCCCAUUUCUCCGCAGCUACCCCCAGAACCUAUGCAGCUUCCUUGUGAGCCAAUCGUCCCGGAACAAGGCCAGUCCGUUGUUCCAGAGCCUCCAGUAGAAAGCCCAACCAUUCCACCGCCGGUUUCGGUAGCAAGUGCUUUCAUUGGUGGUGGUGACGAACAGAUGGUUGGCUUGAACCUUCUCUGUGCUCUGGCCGAACAACGUUUCCAGGAAGAGGGUAUGUUCAAAAAAGACUCUCCUUCGAUAUCUCCGGUGACGUGUGACAAAGUCGACACCAGCGGUUCGUCACCUCCUCAGCCACCGGCUGACGUAGUGCCGUCUCGCAAACGUAAACACAAACAUUCCAAAGACUCCAAGAAGUCGAGCAAAAAAUCAAAACACGAUCGAGAACAGAGAAGGGAACGCAAACGGAAACACAGUUCGGACGCGAACGACGAUGACGACGUCGAUGGUGUGCUCAAGGAGAGCUUUUCGCGGGUACGAGCAAAGCUGGAGAAGUGCAACUGUAAAGAUGCGGACGAGAAGGAUCAUCGCUGCUGCCGGACCGGCUGGCCAUCCGCUAACGAAUUGUUCAGUGUGAUCGAGUCCGAUAUGAAGGAGAGGCUAGUUAGCAUCACGAGACAGUGUGAAGAAAAGAAACGUGAGCUAGAACAGAUGGGUACGGCGUCGGUAGCGAAAGUCAAACCACUCACGGCCAUGGUACGAAUACCGGAUAUCGGAAAAUCCUUCUUCGGAGGAUUCAGCGGUACUAGUGGUCUACUGAAUGGAAGCAUCGGAGCCAGCAGCAGUAGCUGCAUUGGAGGCCAAAUUUCGACGAUCACAUCUCCAAAACUAAGCACAAUACCGGCUUUGUCACCUAGUUUUUCGUCGUCUUCGAAUUCGACGUUCGUUGAGCUGCCGAAGCUAAGUUCCGAUACGGAUUCCGGGAAGCAGGACGAUGUGGACUCUGGUUCGACGGAGCGUUUGUCCGGUUCCAAGCGAAAAGGUGGUGUCCCCAAGAAGCACGACGAACUCGCGCUGACGGAAACGAUUGUGGCCAAGAAACCGAAAAGUUUGGUCGGGUACAUUCUGGCAUCGAAGAACCGACAGGGUGACACCAUCGUAAAGGAAACGGGACACAAUAAAUCGUCUUCGCAUCAUCACCAUCGGCACCAUCAGCACGCGGUAGGCGGAACCGGUAGCACCAAACCGGACGAAGCGAAACCGAAGAAAUCGCCGAUACACGCAUCAAAGUUCGAAAGUACAACCAGCGACGACGCCAGUAACCUUUCGGACAGUUCCAACAAACCGCAGAUCAAAAUCAAGUCACCGGCUUUCAGUUUUGAAGACGAAAACAGCAAACCGUCGGAUGCAGCGUUUUCGAUUUUCGGUGGCAAACCAUCAAUUUUCGAUAAAAUCAAGACAUCGCCGGCGAGCGUUACGAGUUCGCUGAAAAUGUCUCCGGUUCAAGCUGUGAUCGUACCGAUGAAGCAUCACACGAAACACAAGAAAUCCCGCAGUAAGGAACGCAAACGUCGCAGUUCCGAAAAGAAACGGAUCGACCAGAAGUGCUUACUAAACAGCGAUCAUCUAGGCAAGGAGAGAACUCGAGUGCUGACCGCCAUGGGUGGACUGUUCUACGCCGGGUGCUUGAGUGCCGUUCAGCCGCCGGAUAUCUAUGCGGUAACGUUGGAUGGUGAGCGAGGAAACCGUCCACACAUCAUGUCCCGUGAGGAGGUGCUGCGUGAUGCGAUUCUCGAGGUUGCUCCGAAAUCGGUUGAUGAGAUCAUCCCAGGAACGCGAGUUUGCGCCUACUGGAGUCAGCAGUACCGUUGUCUAUACCCCGGAGUGGCGGCCGAGCCAACCUCGCCCGAUCCGGAAAAACGAUACGUCAACGUUGAAUUCGAUGAUGGUGACAACGGUCGGAUUGCGUUGGAAGACAUUCGAUUUCUAUUGAGCGACUACCCAAUCGUCGAAUACGAUCCAAAUCCUCUUCUAUCGUUAGGCAAGAGAAAGCGCCAACCGAGUGUGUCUGAAAUGGGUACUGCUGGCAGUACCACAACCAUUGGGGUCACAAUAGCUCCGGUGGCUGCUACGAGUACGACGAUAACAGCCAACUGCUUCGCGAUGGUUAGUGAACGCACGGAUAAACGCGUCCACAGUGACGCCGAUCGGGAGGAACGCAGGAGACUGAAGAAGAUCCGUAAGGAUAAACUACGGCGAUUGGCGGCUAACAAUGCGGAAAUGUCUUCCCACAAGCACAAGAAAAAAUCCAAAUGCAACGACGAGUACUGCAAACAUCGGAAGCACAAGAAGCGAAGAAAGCACAAGAAACAUCACCGGGAAAAUCACGUACCGUCCUCACCAGAUGCUGCUGCUGCUGGAUCAAUGGAUGAUGACAUCUCGCAGGGGGACAGUGCGUCCCAGGCAGCGGAACCCUUCAGUCCAGCUUCUGCGGAAGCCUCCCUACCGGAGGAGAAGGUUGACGAACUGGAAGCCUUCAAUCCGAAUCUGAAGGAGGAUACCAUGACAGAAGAGGAAGCCAGUUCCUCCAUAACGGAGAGCUCCGGAUCGUAUUAUCAACCGAAAAAAUCACUGGAAAAGUUAGAAAAAAGGCAAUCAACGGAAAAUAACAGUAAAAUCGCAGCAUUCCUUCCAGCACGACAACUUUGGGCCUGGUGCGGCAAGGGCUAUCGAAGGUCGACGGGCCGGGUCAAGAAACAGUUCUAUAAAUCGAUUCAGCGUGGCAAGGAAACGAUUUCGGUUGGUGACAGCGCUGUAUUCCUCUCCACGGGCCGGCCAGACAGGCCAUAUAUCGGACAUAUCGAAUCCAUGUGGGAAACGUCUACUAACAACAUGGUGGUGCGUGUUAAAUGGUUCUACCAUCCCGAGGAAACAGAAGGCUGUCCAAACCUCAAGUAUCCGGGAGCUCUCUUCCAAUCUCCGCACGAGGAUGAGAACGAUGUUCAAACCAUUUCGCAUAAAUGUGAGGUGCUUUCGUUAAGUGAGUACACCGCCAAAUUCGGAUCGGAUCCCAAGCAGUACAGUGCCAUCUAUGACAACAAUGACACGUACUAUCUGGCUGGUUACUACGAUCCGACCGUGAUUACGAUCAAGAUGCAAUCGAAUAUCGAAGUCCUGCCAGGUGAUGAAAAAUGGGUUAAAACCAACUAGGGAAUCGUCCUCCAGCAGAGCUGUAAAUUAGACUGUUAGUGAUUUUAUUGUGAUGCAAUUUUAGAAUGUGCAAUUUUUGGUGAAUAUUUUGCAAUAUUCAAACAGCAGUGACAACAUCCAGGAUUGUUGGAAGAAUCUAUCGCCCUAGAUGGAUUGAGUUGUUUAAAACAAUUCCAAGACUUAAAAUUGUCGUAGAAAUAGAAUCGAGCGGUUCUUAAAAAGAACGGUAUGAGUUGCUAGAUCAUUUCAUUUGAAUCGUAUAGUUGCACUUUAAGAAAGUGUGAACUAUUAUUCUAGUUAAAUAUUCGUAACUAUUGUAAAUAAAUGAAUAAGUUUAAGGAUUGAGUGAACAAAAUUUAUGUUUUGUAUAUGUGUACAUAAUUCCAAACAUAAAAUAACGGCAGUCUUAUUGUCAGAAAUUAUAGUUAUGUAAUAAAUCAAUAUCAAGCAAAUAAAUAGUGGUAAUAUAUUUUUCUACCUGUUGAGAUUUUAAUGCCUAACGAAGAAAAGACAAAAAAUACCACACCAGUCAAAGAGCUUUUGGAACGAAAUUCGAAAUACCUCUGCUAUACAUUAUGUUAUAAUCGAUCAAAGAACAAAAAUCGUAACGAAAAGAUAAAUAUUUUGGAAUGAUAUUUAAAGUAACACAUGAACAAAUUGAAUGAAAUCAUAAAAAAACAUUUUUUCCUCAUCUGGAAUUUUUUGGCAAAUUGUUCCUUUAAUGUACAGCAGGGGUGAACGACAAAAUUCAAUGUGAAAUGACAGUGAAUGUUUAGUAUGUACUUGGAAGAUUUUACGUCAUAUUCAAAUAAAUUUUCAACUUGAUCUCUUUACAGUUAAUUGGUACAAUGAAAUCUGUUUCAAUCAUAGUAUUAUAAAAUAAAACGUUGAAUUAGAUAUUAGACUCAGUGUACUCUAACAAUAGAAUGGAAUAAUUUAUUCAACUUGCAGCAAUUGAACAUUAAUAAAGCGAGCAAUAGUGUACCACCAACAAUGCAUUGAUAAACUUGUGCAACUCAAGCAACUGUCUUACAAAUUGUUACUAUGCAAGUAGGAUACCAUGAUAAAGAUAAUCAACAGCGACAAAUGCAACCCAGUGGCAAAAUUAUAUAAUUAUACUUUAAGUAACUGUUCAUGUUUUUGUAUAUAUAGCACUUAAAUUGGUGUAACUAAUCGAAACGAAAAUAAGAACGAGCUUCUGCUAUGCUAAAAGUUUAGCCUACAUUGUGUUUAUCACACUUUGUUCUGUACAUGUUGAGUUGAUUAUACUUUUUAACACUCAGUUAACUUGGAAAAAUGUAAACCGAUACUAAUGUCAUGCCAUAAACGGUACUGGCUAUACUCAAACAAAACUAAGGGAUUGAGAAAUGAAAAAGUUAGGGGUACCAGCCCAUUGAACUGAGAAGAAAUUGGAUAACUAAGCAUCUUUUCAUUGGCCGAACUCUAAACUAGGUUUUAGGUGUAUGUAUUUUACAAUUAUGUAAAAUAAAUAAUCGUUUGUCUUGAAAAUCUGA